ACUGCAACAAAUGACAGCACACGGUAGUGUGAAGAAAAAAAAACGAAAACAACAAUAACUUUAGUCAUAGUUUAGUGACAACUAUUAAAUAAGUAAAAUAUCGAAAUUGCAUUUUAAUGUUAUUUUAAUUUAAAUAUACAAAAUAAUUGUUAUAAUAACAACUCAAGCAACAAAAUAAUAAACUAUUAAUUGAAACGCAAAGAAAACAGACUAAAUAACAAUGUCUGAAACAUACGAUUAUUUAUUUAAGUUUUUAAUAAUUGGUAGUGCUGGCAGUGGUAAAAGUUGUUUAUUGCAUCAUUUUAUUGAAAAUAAAUUUAAAGAUGACAGCUCUCAUACCAUAGGCGUUGAAUUUGGAUCACGUAUUGUUAAUGUUGGUGGUAAAUCGGUUAAAUUGCAAAUAUGGGAUACUGCUGGUCAGGAACGUUUUCGUUCGGUAACACGCUCAUAUUAUCGUGGGGCAGCUGGAGCUUUAUUGGUCUAUGACACAACAUCACGUGACUCAUUUAAUGCUUUAACAAAUUGGCUUAAUGAUGCCAGAACAUUGGCAAGUCCUAACAUAGUUAUACUCUUAGUUGGGAAUAAAAAAGAUUUAGAAGAAGCCAGAGAUGUUACAUUUUUGGAGGCAUCUACAUUCGCCCAAGAAAAUGAAUUAAUAUUCCUGGAAACAAGUGCAAAAACUGGUGAAAAUGUUGAAGAGGCAUUUUUAAAAUGUUCCAAAACUAUUUUGGCUAAAAUAGAAACGGGUGAACUAGAUCCGGAGCGUAUAGGCAGUGGUAUACAAUAUGGUGGGGCCGCUUUAAGAAAUCUACAACAAACACGACAACGAAGUAUUAAUAAGCCGGAUUGUGGCUGUCGCGUUUAAGUUUUCUUUUAAAACAACACUAUGUUUAGUGUUUUAUUUUUCUCUUAUUUUUAUUUUUACUCCGGCAUAUCCUUAUAUUUUAUCUGUGUGUAUUUAUAGUGUUUUUUUUUUUUAAUAAUUUUUAAACAUUACAAACAAAAUCUUGAAAAUCUCAUCUAAGUAGUAAUAUAAGCACUUUUAAUACCUAAAAUGUCGAAAUUUCUCAAUUUGUAUGUAAGCAAGAAAAUUUAUUACCUAUAGUUUAUAGUUGGGUUUAUUUUCUUUUUAACACUCAUUCCAUGUUUUAUGCAAUUAAAACUUGCCUCCCUCCCUUAAAAAAAAAUUCGCCAUUAUAUUGUUUUACUUAUUUGUUUUUAAACCUAUUUUCUUUUUGAUUUUAUUUUGUAUCUUCAAUUUGUGCAAAGUUGUUUAAUUGGUUGGUUUUUUUUAAGGAGUGAAGAAAAUGUAUCGUUUUAUUAUUAUUUUUACUCUAGGCAUUUCUCUUUGUAUAUAAUAAGACCAAUAAACUAUAAAUAAAAAAAAUCUCGUUGUAGUCUGUAGAAACUGAAAUAUUUACAUACAAUUAUUAAGAAGAAGAAUAAUAAACAAUUAAUGUUGCACCCAA